AGUGUGUUACAUAGUAAGAGAGUAAAAGAGAGAAAGGGAGAGAGAGAGUUAUAAGAAGAAGGAAGGAAGAGAGCAGACAGUGUGAGAUUGUGUGAGCUAGAAGGUGGUAGUGAGAGAUAGAGUUAAGGAGAGAAAGCGUGUGAGAGAGAAAGAGAGGGAAGAACGGAGGGAGGCAGGAAGAGAGAGAGAGAUAGCAUCAUGUCAGGGCUUAGUGUCUCCCUGUCGCUACACUUCACAUCCUACCUUUCAGUUGGACUGUGUCCAGUGAAUGAGCGAGAGAACAGCAGCCAGUAAGAAGAGAAGUGUUUAACCUCCUCUGAGACUGACAGAGAGAGAGCAACUUCCCCUCCACACACACACACAUGGGCUUUAAAGAGGAGUAUCGUCAUAGAAGUUCACCAUGAAGUCUCAGCAGAAAUGCAUUGUGAUCUUUGCACUGGUGUGCUGCUUCGCCAUCCUCCUAGCCCUCAUCUUCUCAGCAGUGGACCUGUGGGGAGAUGAUGACGGAAUCACAGAGGAGAACUGUAACAGGAACUGCAGGGUUGUGCUUGUGGAGAACAUUCCAGAAGACAUCUCCUUCUUGGACAAUGGCACGGCACACGUGCCUCUCUCGGUGGGGCUCCACAACUUGCUGAAUCUGGCCACUCGCUCUGUGGAGAUUGUCUCACCUCAGUGGGCCCUCAACUCCUCAGACUAUGAAUCCAGUUUCCUCCCCUCAGCCAGGCAGGGUCGAGCUCUGCUGUACAAACUGAUGGGUCUAAAGGCUAAGAAGGUCAACCUGAAGAUAGCGAGUGGGAUGAUUGAGUCAGCCGAGCUGAAGAGUCUUGAUCGACACAGUGCAGACGUUCACUACGUAAACAUGACGAUCCUGACCAGAGGGCAGCUCCGCUCCUCCUUCUGGGUAGUGGACAGGAAGCACAUGUACAUCGGCAGUGGCAGCAUGGACUGGCGCUCCCUGGCCACGAGGAAGGAGCUGGGUAUCAUCAUUUAUGACUGCAGCUGCCUAGCCCUGGAUCUCCACAGGGUGUUCAACCUGUACUGGCAGCUGCAGUACAAGGAAUUCAUCCCCUCAAUCUGGUCAAAGAGGUUGUACGCUCUGUACAACAAAGAUGAGAAACUAUCCCUUCUCCUCAACAAUACCAAGGCUGAGAUCUACGUCUCUACCUCCCCUGAGGUGCUGUGUCCUAAAGACAGGACCAGAGAUCUGGAGGCCAUCUCCAGAGUCAUCCAGGAGGCUAGAAAGUUCAUCUACAUCUCCAUAACAGACUACUUGCCACUCAUCAACACCAACCCACAGAGGUAUUGGUCCCAUAUAGAUGGGAUGGUGAGAGAGGCGUUGAUCUUAAGGAAGGUCAGAGUACGUCUGCUGGUCAGCUGUUGGGAGCAGACUCACCCCCUGACCUUCAACUUUGUCUGGUCUCUGAAGACUCUGUGCAUGCAGCAGACCAACUGUUCACUGGAGGUGAAGUUCUUCAGUCCAAGUCAGCAGUGGGAUGGAACAGUACAUGGAAUCAACCACAACAGGUUCAUGGUCACAGACAGGGCUGUGUACAUAGGAAAUUUGGACUGGGUGGGUAAUGAGUUUGCCUUCAAUGGGGGCGCGGGGAUGGUGAUAAAUCAAGAAGAAGGUGUGGAACAGAAGAACUUAACAAUAGUGGACCAGAUAAGGGCAACAUUUGACAGGGACUGGUAUUCCCACUAUACCAGAACCCUACAGCCCAAUAAGAUCCCUGUCUGCAACAAGCAUCAAAUCAACCGGUUAGCACCACUCAAAGCUAUCCAGAUUCCAACCGACAAUGGGAUGGCAUUUCUUGGAGCCAGCCAAUCAAUGGAGAGCAGUGGGAGUAGAGAGAGCUCCAAUGGCUCUCUGUGACCAUGAGGGAUCGAAGGAACAGAUUCCUUACCCAUGAUAUUGUUUUUAGCAUUGGAGGGAGAUCUAUAAGGAAGGCGUUGCUGAAAGUGACUUUUGGAAAAUAGCAUUGAAGCGUCCGUGAAAGCUUUGGGCCAGAGAGGAUUUCAAAGAAAGAGGAAUAGGACUUUAAAAAACCAACAUAGAAAGAGGACACUCUGGUCAUGAAAUAUGUCAGUCAACCCAUCUGUUUAUAAUAUAUGUGUUUCCUAUUAACGACCAACCCUUGGAUGAGAAAUGGUGGACCUCAUUGAUUACAGUUAAUUGUUUACGUAACAUGAUUUUAGCAGUAAUGACAUUCAUUACUUUUAACCCUUUAAUAUGACUUACAACCGUGUGUGUGGAGUGUCUGUGUGUGUUUGUGUGUGUGUGUGUGUGUGGAGUGUGUGUGUGUGUUUGGAAAUCCUUCAUUAAAUUUGACUCCAAAACAGUUUACCCAGCGUGUGUAUGGAAUGGAAUUUAUGAUCAGUUAAAAAUAUUUGUUGCUUAAAGCUAUACAGAAAAUUCUGUCAUUCUUUCAAUGUAUCCACACUAGCAUACCCUGUAGAAUGUAUAGUAAUGUACCACUUAAUCGUAAACACUUAUGAUUCUGAGUUAUGAGUAUGCUACUGUGGAUAUAUGAGCACUGGAGAUCAGGUGCGGGUUGUGCUGGCCAAUGAAUGUUCUCUCUAUAAUCUACUCAGCACAGCCCUCUCUUUAUCUCUAAGGCCUCUCCAACCUCCUCAGCCAAGUCCCAAUGACCUGGUCCCAUCUGUCUGGUCCCAACAGCUGAUCAAACAAACUAAUGGGAAAAUAACAAGAGAUGGCUGUUAUGAUGCCAUGACCUCAUCUGGCCCACAAGUGUUGGCAUGUAGGUUACUGUAGAUUUCUCUACAGGCUCUCUACAUAUAUGCAGGCUAAUGCUUAUUGUCUUCAAUGCAUAUUUUGUCUUGUAUGUUAUUUUGGUGUAAAUUGAUUUUCAUGUACCUCUAAUCCAAAGGAACAACUGUAGCUCAGUUAUGCAUGAAUAGUUGGAGUAGGCUUCGGUUGGUCAAAUCAAUGCAAUGAAUUUUUCAUUAGACCUUGACCCCAUUGCCAGUUUGGCAAAGGACAGGGUCUGCAAUGUGAAAAUAACACAGUGGUUAACAUGGCAGUUCCAGGUUCACAGUUUUCAAGUCAACACUUGCAAUUCACAGGUUCAGUUUUCAAACCGAAUUGCUCUGCAAUUUCUAGUAGAUGGUAUCAUACUCAAAUGUAAUGUUUUUGGUGUAAAUAGACAAAACACAGGAUACUUGAACAUUUAAUGUGUUGAGCAGUCUGUUCAAGAACAGUUGUGUGUCAUUGUGUAGUCACUAACUAGCCCACUGAUGUUUCUACUUUUUACCUUCAAAUAGGCAGUAUCUUUCACUAACUCUACUCCACCAACAAUGUGUCAUUGUGGCCUUCAACAUCACUGUAGAAGAAGAGAGCAAACUCCACUAGGGUGUAGCCCAGAAAUCCCACCAUUACAUCUACACACGGCUGAUUACUGACUAUUGCCCUCUAGUGUUAGAAAGUGAAAGGUGUCUGCCUUAAUAUCACAUCACAUUACACAAGCACAUAUGCACACAUAAAACAAAUAUUAUCCUUGUUCCAAGCACUUUUCCGUAUUAAUUAUGUUUUAUUUUCUAUUACCGAUUUGUGGUCAAGCUUACUUUGACCAGCCCCACAAUGUGACAAUCCUGUCAGUUCAGAUAUGUUUUUUCUAUUUAUUUAUAUAUUUAAUCUUUCUUGAACAUCGUUCACAGACUGCCACCUGUUGGACAGUAUGUGCCUGACGCAGAAACCCUUACUUCUUCUUUCAUGGCCAAUAAACAUCAAUUCAAUUCAAUUCAUGUACAAGGUGGAAACAAUAGGCUUUUUAAAGCCAAGCAUUACAGACCUAAGUAUAUACACUACCAACUGCUUUUUGUGUAUUCUUUAUUUUGCAGAGUUUUGGCAUGCCCACUUCUUGCAUGCACUGCCUUUAUGAGCUAUAUAUGAUAGACCAAACCGUCUACCAACAUUGUAAUAUGUAUAUUUAAGAAACACAAAUGAAUGCCUAGUUAUUGUAUGACCUUGUUGAUACAUGCACAUAUCUAAAGGUAGGCCUGCAUUUAAUUUUCACUCUUAAUAAAAAAAUUCA